GAUAUAUUCUCUCUACGCAUCAGAGCGUCUCUCUCUGCGUCCGCAUCAAAAAUAUAUACACGCUCCUCCGAAGGUUUCCUGCGUUUUGCCAUGGCAUUUGCCCACCAUUUACUUCCCGCGCCACUGGCUUGCUCGAGCCGUACGGAAACGCCUAUUCUCCGAGCUGGUGCUGCUGCUUCUUCUUACUCCGUAUUGCCUGUCGUUUUUCCUUCUUCCUCUUCUUCUUCUACUACUACUAUUACUAGUAAUCGGGUAGAAGGGCUUAGACCAUUGAUCAUCUCGGCAUUCCGAAGAGGUGGAUUUAGAGCAAGGGCGGAGAUUCAAGAGUCUGGAGGUAGUUUAGCUGCAGAUGCUUUUGAGGAAUUCAAACAUAUGCUUCUUCCUAUCACGGACCGGAAUCCUUAUCUCUCUGAGGGAACAAGACAGGUUGCGGCAACUGCCACAGCUUUGGCAAAGAAAUAUGGAUCUGACAUAACAGUUGUAGUGAUUGAUGAAAAACCGAAAGAUUCAAUACCAGAGCAUGAUGCUCAGCUGUCAAGUAUUCGAUGGCAUCUCUCUCAAGGCGGGUUUCAGAAAUUUGGGUUGAUGGAGCGACUUGGGGAAGGCAAGAAGCCGACAGCCAUCAUAGGUGAGGUCGCAGAUGAAAUGAAUAUGGAUUUAGUUGUGUUAAGCAUGGAAGCGAUCCACUCGAAGCAUGUUGAUGCAAACCUGUUGGCAGAGUUCAUCCCAUGUCCCGUUUUACUUCUGCCACUAUAGCAUCAUCUACACUUCAUUUUCAACACUUUUCCUGUAACCAUACUCAUGUCAUUGACAAGAUACCACAUGUCAGGCAUCGCUGAUGAUUUCAAUUUCAUUGAACCCAAAGUAUUGUAGGUGCAGGUCCCACCUCUCGAUUUAGCUCCUCUAAUAGUUGUUUGUUUGUGAACACUUCCCGAAAGCUUUUGGUUGCGUGUCUGUAUAAUCAAUAAAUCAGCACAUAACCACUACUCGUAUAGCUUAUGUUGAGAGCCCAUAUGUCUGUUUGAUGCGCA